AUGAGUACAACAUUUAGAUAUUCUGGUGCUUCUGAUUUCCAUCAACCAUUAGGGUCCUCUAAUAAAAAUAAUGUUUUUGGAAGAAACAAUUCUACCAUUUCUUCUACAAAUUCAUUAAUAUCAAAUAAUUCUGAUACUGGUACCGACACCACCACCACAACCACAAGCACCACCACUACCAACAAUGUCAAACGUAUGCAUUCAUCAUUAAUUAGUAAAUACAAUAGUAAUCGUUCAACAAUUUUCACUAAUGAUACUGAUUCUUUAUCUAGUUUCAUUUCUUAUGAUACUAGUAAUAAUUCCACCAUUGCUAGUUCAAUAUCACCAAAUUCUCCAGCAAAUCAUCAUUCUUAUUCAACUAAACAUCAAUUACCUCCUUAUAUGAUGAAUAAAUCUCCUCAAUAUAUUCAUCAAUCAACAUCUCGUCAUAGUAAUCUUAAUCAUAAUAAUAAUACUUUUCUUUAUAAUACUUAUAGUAAUCAUAGUAAUAAUAGUCAUCAACAACAACAAAUUUUAAAUGAAGAUUUAGUGACAUUAAAUAGUUCUAUGGAUAAUUUAGAAGAUGGAUUUUAUAAAUUGAUUAGACUAGAUACAAGAAUUUCAUUUGAAUCAUAUUAUGUUGAACAAAGACAAGAUCAAUAUAAAGUUAAAUUACAAUUGAAUAAACAUCAAAUUGAUUUACUUAGAUAUACUUGGAAUCAAAUGUUAUUAGAAGAAAGUAAUGAAGAAGAAGAAGAAGAAGAAGAAGAAAGAGAUGGAAAUGGAGAUGAAGAUGAUAUUGAAGAAAAUGUUAAUGCUUAUUAUUCAAAUAAUGAUAAUAAUAUACCUGGAGCAUUUCCUACUGGAUUUGCUAAUAGUCGAAGAAAAAUCAUUAAAAGAAAAUCAACUCGUAAUGUUAAUGGUAAUGGUAGUAAUACUAAUACAAUGACUAGACUUGAUUCUACAACAAUUGCAUCAUCAUUAUUUUGUCGACAAUUAUAUUUUAAUUUAUUAAGUAAAGAUCAAACAUUAGAAAAAAUGUUCCCCUCGAUUAAACAUCAAGCAGCUAAUAUGGCAGGAAUUUUAUCAUUAACUAUAUCUCAAUUAGAAAAUUUAUCAAAUUUAGAUGAAUAUUUAUCUAAAUUAGGUAAAUUACAUUCAAGAAUUUUAAAUAUUGAAGAAUGUCAUUUUAAAUUAAUGGGUGAAGCAUUUGUUCAAACUUUUCAAGAAAGAUUUGGAUCAAAAUUUACUAAAGAAUUGGAAAAUUUAUGGAUUAAAUUAUAUUUAUAUAUUGCUAAUACUUUAUUACAAACAGGUAUUGAUCCAAUAUUAAAAUUGACUCGUUAUGAACUGAAUGGUAGUUUUACAACUUCAACUAAUAUUGAUUUAACUAAUGGUGAUAGUAUAAUUCUUGAUGAUAAUAUUAGUAUUAAUGAUGAUAAUAUUAGUGUUAGUAAUAUUCUUGAUCCAAAACAUCUUCAACAACAUCAACAAAAUCAUCCACGAUCUUAUAAUUCUUCAUUUAAUCAAGAUGAUAAUGAUAAUGAUAAUGAUAAUGGUAAUGGUAAUGGUAAUAAUGGUGUUCAUCCAACUACAAAUACUGUGGUGCUUACUAAAUCAAAUAUACUGAUUAUUGAAAGUGUAACACCUCAUCAUCAACAACAACAACAACAACAAAAGAAUAAUAAUUCUGGAUCUUCAAAUAUUGCAACUUCUUCAAAGAAGACUAAAUUCAGUAUUAGAAAGAAGAAAAAGGAAAAUUGUGUGGUUAUGUAA